AUGCCUCCCUUCCUGUCCACCCUCCGAUCGCGGACCAACUCGAUGCUCGACAAUAUCACUGGCGUCAUCCCUGACUCACCUUCCGACAGCACUUCCAAACUGCGCUCCCUCACAUGCGGACGAUGCGGCAGCCGGUUCCGCGAUCGACUCGAGCUGAGCUUGCACUACAACAUGAUGCCCCAUCAUUCGGACUACAAGGAUAACUACGAUUUUGACUCUUUCACUCGUCCCAAAGCAAGGCGCAGAAAGCCUAGCGACAAGGAUGCAGCACCCAUCAGCCCCAUCACGGCCUCGGUCAGCUUCAGCGAGACCCAGGCUCACUACGAUCUCCCCGGCAAGGACAAGGAGAACGAUGCCGAGAGCGCAGCCCGCCCUUCGCUCCUUCGCAAGUUCCCCACCUUCUCCAAUUUAGUCAGCAUUUCCACCGGCGAGCAGUCGCAAUCUCCAUCAGCCACCGACUAUAUCGACCCCGAUGCGGGUACCGCAUCUGCCAAAGCCAAGGGAAAGCAAAAGGCAAAGCCGCCUCGACUGCCACGCGAUGGAUCCUUCCAGUACGGCCUGCCUCUUGGAUCGGACGAGGAGAGCGAGCCAGCCGCCCUCGCUUCGCGACCCAGCUUCUCGUUCUCACGCACUCGCAGUGCUACUCUUCAAGGUCUCACGUCCGAGCCUCGCGCUUCGAUGUCCUCCUUGACCUCCUUCCCUUCACGAAGCAGUGGCAGCUCACGCCAGGCCCCGCCUCUGCCCCCGAAGCUUCCCGAGUUCGACUGGCAGAAUAAGCGCGACGAGAAGCGCCUGCCCAGCUUCCCUCUGGACGACGACGACGACACCGCUUCGAUUGUAUCGGAUUCGAGCUUCCGCACCGCCGGCUCGACCGGUAUGGUCUCUGAAAAAGCGCAGCUCAAGGCCUUCUAUGCCAACGAGAAGAGCGCCGAGAAGCGUCGCGAUCCUCCCGGUCACAGCGCCUCUUCUGCCUCGGUCAACGAGCGACCUUCUCUCCCAUCUCGUCACGGUAGCCAGUCGAAUCUGCUGAUGGAGACGAUGGACACGCACCACGAAGACGCACCGCCUUCGUACCACGAGCUGCACGGCGAUGCGGAUCCGUUUGAUUUGCUCCCUAGCUCAUCGCGUCGAGCGAAUUCGCGUUCCGAGGGGUAUGCUACGAUGCCCACUUCGCCCGUGAGCCGAUUUGAAGGGGGACGUCCUCGACGCAGCACCAACGAGUGGUCCUCCUUCGCCUCUCCAUCGCGUCGUGGUGCUGGCGAGGACGACCUCUACAGUCCACGUUCCGAAAAACCUCCCCGACCCGUAUUCUCAUCCAAGUCCACUGAAAUCUCCCUCCCCCCACUCAUCCCCUCCGCAUCGUUCUCCGCCUCUCCGGAACCAUCAACGCCCAGAACACCCUUCUUCACCGAUGCACCCCUAGUUGCACCCCCGCUCUCGCUACCUCGUCUGCAGUCUCCCACCAAAAGCGGCGGGGCCGGCCGCAGGAGUCGUCAACACAGCAGAGCCAAAUCGGACGCCAACGAACCGAGCACCCGUUGCCCCACGUGCUUCGUCAAGUUCAGUAGCCUCGAGAGGACGAUGAGGCAUCUGGAUGAGUCCGAGUGUGGCAUGGUGGAUUUCGACAGUGGCAUUGUGUAG